GUGUUUGUGUUUGAAUCUAUAUGCACAGUGAAAAAAGGAGAAGCGGGGUGAAAAGCAGAACAAAAAGCUUUUUUUUCAACGUUCUGUGUCAGAGUUUCAAUAGGAAUUUCCAUAGAAGUUUCCAUAUUUCUUGUGCUGAGAAUGUCUGUUGGUUAUAGCUUGGUCAUUUUGACAAUAUUCCUAUCAUUUUGUUUUGUUUCCUGUAACACAACAGAAACCAACUCCACAACCACCCCAAUUCCCCAUUCAACAUCCGAAGCCCCACUCAAAUGUACUCGAGACUAUCACUGCCCAUCCUCGUGCGAUGUUUGCCGGUCUGGAAUUUGCACUCAUAUUCUGAAUCUCAGCUGCUCCCGUGAUUAUCACUGUCCUGCUUGUGAAGUAUGCCGGUCAGGGAAGUGUAUUGGAGGUGAAGAACAAAAGAAAUGCGAGACUGAAAACGAUUGUGAAGCUGGUGGCUGGUGUAUGGAGGGAAGAUGUGUUGAGAACAAGUGCGAUGAAGAUUCCGAUUGUGCAGUAGAGAGAGCCAUUUGUAAAGUUGGAGUUUGUGAGAGAGUUUCAUAAUUUUUGUUUGAGCCCUGUAUUUAUUUUUUGUUUUCGAGUUACGAAUGGCUGCCUAUGCAAAUGUAACUCGUACGAUUUUUUUUUGGGCAUUUUUAUUUCAAAUAAAUGUUC